AUGGCUGAAUGGUAUGCUUCUUGGGAGGGAGUACUGACUCUCCACAAAGAUCAGUUUGUAAAUGGGAAGAAUUCCCGUCAGAAUCUCCUAAGACAGAUCCGCAAUGAAAUUGUCGCAAUUCAUCGUACAAGACAGGAUUCCGAGGAUUUACCAAAGGGAUUGAAAAAGGCUAUCAGGAGGUACUACCUCCAGUUCUUAACGGACACUGAUGAUCGACGUGCUGAGCAAGAGGUCUUGGGUGAUGAGCCGGAGGAAGAACCAUCUGGCGUGUCCCCUGAGGACAGAGAAUUGGCGGCUCGUCCUAAGGACGCAGGGUUCUACAAGAAGGAGCUUAAUGCUUGGGACGUCGCGCAGAAACUCUUCAAGCAGGAGAUGGACGACUACGAUAAGGAGCAGCAACAGAAGAAAGGCGUGCAACAUUCUAUUAAGUAUAGGACUGGACAUGCGAGGGAGUGGUUCAACAACAUGACCUCUGCACAUCAGAAGGAAGUUGAGGAGGCGAGGGACAAGUGGAAUAGGGAAGGUGCCCCAGCAGAAGCACAGGCGAUGUAUCGAAAGAAAAGCCUCAAAAAAGUUCUCGACGAUUUUACAGAACAGAUAAGGCGUUCUAUGGGUUGCCGAGUCGUGAUGUUAGUCAGUCACAAGAAAAAUGCCGAUCAGACUUUAAGUGUCAAGAUUCAUGAGUCUCAGCCUGUCAAUCACAAGAAACCGUUUAGCCUGAGUUCUCGAGGAAGCAAAGAGUGGACGUCCGAAGGUUUUGAAAAAUUUGCCGAGUGGUCGAAGGAAGAAUUCUACCCCACCAAUGAUGAUGAUGACUCGUCCGAUGAAGACAGUAAAGAUGGAAAAGAUGCGAUACCUGAAGUCAUCUUGGACGAGCACGGGUUUGCAAAGCUCCCUUCCCGUAAAGGAGUGGGCCUCAAGGGGCAACAAGAAUUGGUUCGGCAAAUUUUUCAUGCAUCUUACAAAGUCUUCACUGGUAGCAAAAAGCCAGUACCUUGGCUCUCGAUUGCCGGCAACCUUUUGGUGUACCUGGAUCCAGACUCCAUCCCUGAGGGUUUCGUCGUGCAAGACCCGUCUCAUUUGAAGGCGCAGGAAAUAAACCAUCUUUGGGGCCAUUGGGAAGCCAGGAAGGCUUCGAAACAGAAACUGGUUAUUUUUGUCGGGGCCGUGAGUUCCCACAUGAACAAGUCCCUGCUCGUCAAUGCUGUUUAUGUAGGCGAGAAACAAUCUAAAAAGAAGUAUGUACCAGUCGACACUGAUGAUGAAGAGGAGGCUUCAGCUGCGCCUACAUCCACGAAACGUACAAGACAGCUGGCCGAGGCUAAGGCGUCCUCCAAGCCCAAGGCCAGCACAAGGCCCACCAAGAAUUCAAGACCGCAAACCCAGGACAGCUCCGAGGAUAGCUCUGAUGAUAAUCUCACUCCAUCGAAAGGGCUGGUUAAGCGACCAUCAGUUGGUCAAGAAGUCGUGCGCACACCAGCCACUGUGCCAAAGAAAGAUCGGAUGUCAUUCUUACGGUCUCUCAGCAGCCAGGACGAAUAUCUGCUUUUGAUUUCGCGUCUUGGUGACUUGAAAAAGGAACAAAGCUCUGAGGCAAUGGAAUGGCCCGCUUGGGCGACAUGGAGUUGGGACAGAUCACACCUUCCGAAUAGUGUGCACUCAGACGAGCGUGAGUUGAACAAGUUCUUGGAGAUAGUCGUCUCUGCCAAGAUCUCUGGCUUGGUAUCAGCCAUGGGGGUUAGCCUAGGUCUUGGGAUGCUGCUAAGAGAAUGCAAGCGAGUUAUCGAAUAUGAGGAGGACGAAGCUACCCCGAACACCCCCUCUUACCUUGGCACCUCUAUUUUGACCAGAGGUGGGGUUACGCGGAUGCUCAAGGCGAAGGAAGGACAACGUGCAGCCAUUGCUGAGGCUGCUGCUGGUGAAGAACACGGAGCUGAUACUGCCAUUCAGACCAUCUCAACCAGGGAAGAGAAAGAGGAUGAGGGGACGGAAAUGGAGGCAGAUGAGUUGACAAGGAAGCUUGACAAGGAGUCGUGGGAGGUGGAGGAAGAGAAGAAGAAAAUGGCGAUGCUGCAGGAGGACAUGAGAAAGCUGGAGGAGAGAAAGCGAGAGCUGGAGGAGUACAACCAGAAGCUGUUGAAACUGGUGGAGAUCGAAAAGGACAGUGGUGGUAAGGAUGAUAUGGAAGAUAAGGAACAGCGUGGCGAGGAGGAGAAGGCUGAGGAGGAGGAGGAGGAGGAGGAGGAGGAGGAGGAGGUCGUCGUGCAGAAAGGGAAGAAAAGGGGAAAAUCUGGGGGAUCUGGAAGACCAUCCAAAAAGGCUACCACUGACAAUAUUCGUCGAUCCAGCAGAUCCAGGAAACCCUCCAAAAAGGCCAUGCGAAAGUGA